CUGCUACAGGCGGGGCGUCGGGGCCGGGUCUGAGCGCGGUGGAGAGAUGGGAGACCAGGAGGGGGGGACCGUGGCCUCUGGCGCGACCAAGCCCGGCAGCAAGAGGAACCCGUACGCGGCGGUGCGGGUGGACCCGGACAGCGACUACGUCACGCCGGGAACCUUAGACCUGGAACAGCUGUUCUGGACCGGCACCGGAGCCCAGUACGCACACGUCAACCAAGUCUGGCCUCGCGUCUUUAUAGGGGACGAGAAGACAGCCUUGGAGCGGCACGGCUUGCAGGAUCUGGGUAUAACGCACGUCCUUAACGCGGCGGAAGGCCGGUGGAACAACGUGCUGACCGGUGCGGAGUACUACAGGGACAUGGGCAUCCAGUACUACGGCCUGGAGGCUGACGACACGCCCUCCUUCGACCUGUCUCAGUACUUCUGCCCCGCGGCUCGGUUCAUCCACGGGGCUCUCAGCCGCCCUCAGAACAAGGUGCUGGUGCACUGUGUGAUGGGCCGGAGUAGGUCGGCAUCUUUGGUCCUGGCCUACCUGAUGCUGGAACAACACCUGACGGUGGUGGACGCUAUCGAGCACGUGCGACAGCGGCGCUGCAUCCUGCCCAACCACGGCUUCCUGAGGCAGCUCCGAGCUCUGGACAUCUCCCUGCAGGAGGAGCGGCUCGCGCACAAGCGGGCGCACGCCGUCAGCACCACGGGGUGA